UAGAAGCACAUACAAAAAACAUUACUGUCGCAAAAAUGAGCAAAAUCCACAGAAAAAUCCCAUUUUACUAAGUUUAAGUGGCUAAAAAUUAGUUUUUAAAGUUUGCCUUAAGUACCGAAAAAUCCGUAGCACGUCUACACGUAGAAAUAAAUGUCCCGGAAUUGGAAUCCUGUGAUAUUUUAGCCUUUUUUUUGUUGCAUUAUCUUUCGGAAGACAUUUGCUAUGGAAAGUGUAGUUGUUAUUACGAAUCAGCCAAAAACUAGCAAUAAUGAGGAAAAUCAAAAAUGGGGAGCCGUCAUCGAAAGCAUCAUCGAUAAUUUGAACAACGGCGGCGAUAAGAAUGCCCUUAAUGUCAAGAACGGAGGCAGCAACAAGACGACAAACAGCAUCUACAAACGAACGUUCUACGAGUCCAUCUACCUGGGUGACCUGAAGCCAUCGUGGCAUUCCGAAACCGCAAAAGCCUUUCAAACGAACGACUGGCAAGACAUAACGCUCGAUGGCGGUUGCAAAAUUUUCGAAAGCAUGGAUGCCGAAAGUAUUGGCGAUCUGGAAGACCUGAUAAAGAAAUAUCACGUUUGCUCCUACGUCAUUCGACUCACGAUGGGUCUUGCAGAGAGCGAAAAGUGUCGCGAUUACCGAGAUUUCAUGCGGAUGCUGGAAUUCGUGGCGAAAUACAUUGACGAUGAUAAAAACGGCAUCGCUCAUUCACACGCAACCGUCAAGCAUCACGUUUCGUUCAACAACAGUGCCAAUAUAAUUAUUCCGAGUUCGGCGCGACAAUCGAUAACAACGCAGUCAAUCAACAUGAAACACGAAAAUAAUUUGAAAUUUCUUUGCUGUUCAAGUUUUCUCAAAGGCUGUUGUCGCAAAAAAAGUUUGGAACAGGAACCAGCCUCCGACACUGACGAAGAAUCCGAAACGAAACCAGAAAUGACAGUACAACAACAACUGUCGAUCCCGGCGGAGGAACAGGCAACCCAGAGACCGAUUGACAAUUACUGAACAUAGAGAUGAGACCACAAGCCAUGUAUAAGAUAAAAAUUUCACGAAAUUCAGGACUGAACAAAAGAAAUCGUGUCGUUAAAUAAUAUAUACUCUCAUACUCUAUGCCACUAAGUAACAAGAAAUUAUGAAAUGCUUCAAGCUUACUGACAAAAAAUUAUUUAAGGUAAUGCACGUUUUAGUCAAUGCAAAAAAAAAAUAAAAACAAAAUUCUCAUGAGUUAACAAGCAUUUAAAUAAGGCGCGAAUGUUAACAUUUACAACUACAUCAAAAAAUACUAACAAAAAAAAUAUUAAAUGGAAUUGUAAUCAUUUGAAAAAUCAAAGUCAAGGAAUUAGUUUAAUUAAUUGAAUAUUUAUGUUUGUAAGAUUUAGAUGUAUUGUACGAAUACUAGAUAAUUAACAAAAAAUAAUAUUUAGGUAGUAGUAUGAAAGUGAUAAGAGUUUCCUUUAUGAAAAAAAAAAUCAGAAAUGAAACGAUUGCCAAGAAUCUUUUAAUAUUUGUAGCAUUUCUAUAUGAUUAAUGAUAAUUUUAUAGAUUAUUACCUACCACUUUAAUUAAAGA